CGAAAGCUAUACUGAAAAUGGCGGGAGAGGAUGGAGCACCGGAGGUCACACUCGAGACCUCCAUGGGGCCUGUUACCGUUGAGCUAUAUGAUCGGCACACGCCUAAAACUUGCAGGAAUUUCAUCGAGCUUUCUAGAAGGGGGUACUACAAUAAUGUGAAGUUUCACAGGAUAAUUAAAGACUUUAUGGUGCAAGGUGGGGAUCCCACUGGUACAGGAAGGGGUGGGGAUUCCAUAUAUGGCGCAAAGUUUGAGGAUGAAAUAAAACCUGAGUUAAAACAUAGUGGAGCUGGAAUUUUGUCCAUGGCAAAUGCUGGCCCUAACACAAAUGGAAGUCAGUUCUUUAUUACUCUUGCACCGACUCCAUGGCUGGAUGGAAAACAUACAAUUUUUGGAAGAAUUUGUAAGGGAAUGGAAAUCGUCAAAAGGCUUGGAAGUGUUCAGACCGACAAGAAUGACCGGCCUAUUCAUGAUGUGAAGAUCCUCCGUACAACUGUCAAAGACUGAUGCAGCUGAACCAUUAGCGGAAAGAAGUCAAAAAUGAAAAUGAAAGGGCAGGGAGUGGAUGUCUGGUUUCUUCCGAUAGACAAAUCUGAAGGGAUAGGGAGCAUAUAUGUUCCCCGAAUGAAGUGAUGUACUGAGGAGUUAUAUUUUGAUACGUGGAAGGGAGGAUUGAAGUUGUAUCAGACAUUUUACUUCUUCGAUCGAAUCAAACUUUCUUAUGUAGCUU